CUGUUGUUACUUUCUUAGAGCCACAGACAUGCAACGCAGCUUUAUCCGGAGGUGAUUUUGACGUCACAAGGCGAGGCAGUAGUAUAAGACAAGGGUGAAUUGCAGUACAGGUCACAUCAAGUUUGAACGACCAGUCUUAUAGAGAGUCUAUGAGUUUUACACACCUGUAUUACUUGUCUGUCUGCACCGUGUACAAGAACUAAGAACGGAUAUACUGUCUUAAGUUUUAUUAAAUAUAUAACAUACUAUUGCGUACUACGUCGGUUUUUCAGAAAGUUUUCAUUUUUUUAAAUAUAAUUUUAGUUUCCUGAUCUAGUCGAUAACUUUGUAACUAAAACACUUGCGGUCAUCUGUUGAACUUUGAAACUCAUCUCAAGGUGUUUAAGGCCUCAGAAUGGAGGCAUUUAUUAAGCAGAUCCUCUGGUGGAUUUUAGUCGCAAGUAUCUCUAUUGUGGUCGCGCAUGACGAGGAUGGGAAACAAAAAGGAGAAAAACUAGCUCAAACAGAAAAACAACGGCAUGAUGGAUGGUACAAUAAUUUAGCUCACCCAGAAUGGGGGUCAAUAGAAAGCCAACUAGUCAGGAAAGCACCACCAUCUUACGCCGACGGAGUGUACAUGUUAGCCGGGCAAGAUAGACCCAGCCCUCGGGUGGUUAGUCAGGCCCUACUAAAAGGCGAAGACGGCAUUCCAUCGUACCGUAACCUCACCGCUUUGUUCGCCUUUUUCAGCCAAGUUGUUUCUUCAGAGAUUUUGAUGGCCAGCGAACCAGGCUGUCCCAUCGAGUUGCAUAAGAUGGCGAUAGCUAAAUGUGAUGAAAUAUUCGAUAAGGAUUGUAAAGGAGGAAAAUCCAUGCCUUUUCACAGGGCAGUGUAUGAUUCUAGAACCGGUCAGUCUCCGAACAACCCAAGAGAACAGAUGAACCUGAUGACCAGUUGGAUCGACGGAAGCUUUGUGUACAGCACAAGCGAGGCUUGGGUCAACUCUAUGAGGUCUUUUCAAAACGGAACCUUCCGUGUGGACAAGAAAGGAACAUUUCCUCCGAAAAACAAAGAAAGAGUCCCCUUAAUUAACUCUCCGCCUGCCCACUAUCUUGGAAUGUUAAACCUAGAAAGAAUGUUCUUGCUAGGGGAUCCACGCACCAAUCAAAAUCCAGCACUCUUGGCCUUCGGAAUCCUCUUCUUCCGUUAUCAUAAUGCUGUCGCAUUGCAAAUACAAAACGAACAUCCUGACUGGUCAGAUGAAGAGAUCUUCCAACGGGCACGAAGAUGGGUUAUAGCAAGCCUUCAGAACAUCAUAAUGUAUGAAUUUGUACCUGUUUUACUGGGAGAAGAAAUAUCAAAUUAUAGCGGUUACAAGCCGGACGUACAUCCAGGCAUCAGUCACGUCUUCCAAUCAGCUGCCUUUCGUUUCGGCCACACCAUGAUUCCUCCAGGUAUAUACCGCCGAGACGCUCAGUGCAACUUCAAGAAGAACCAAAAUGGCUACCCUGCGAUACGUCUAUGCUCUAGUUGGUGGGAGUCGGAUGAGAUCCUAUCAGAAGCUGGAGUAGAAGAAAUUCUUCUGGGUUUGGCAUCUCAGAUAGCCGAACGCGAAGACCUAGUUUUGUGUUCGGACAUAAGAAAUAACUUAUUCGGCCCAAUGGACUUCACUCGUAUGGACCUAGGAGCACUGAACAUCAUGCGAGGCCGAGACAAUGGAAUACCAGAUUAUAAUAGAGUUCGUAAAUGUUACCAUUUGCCCAUGGUAUCGAACUGGACGGACAUUAACCCGGCCUUUUAUAGCGAACAACCAGAGCUGUUUGACAAACUCUCCAACUUGUAUGGAAGUGUGAACAACAUCGACUUGUACGUAGGUGGGAUGCUUGAGACACAUGAUGGAAAACCUGGUCCACUUUUCCAAAAGAUCAUCAAACAACAAUUUGAGCGGCUUAGAGAUGCUGACCGAUUUUGGUUUGAAUAUGACGGAAACGGGAUUUUUACAAAUGAAGAAAUCGAAGAAAUCCGGAAAAUCCGACUUUAUGAUAUCCUGAUUACGGCCACCGAUAUUCAUCCUGGAGCUGUACAGGAAGAUGUCUUCAUCUGGAAGGAAGGUAGUCCAUGUCCGCAACCAAUGCAACUAAACAGCACUGUUUUGGAGCCGUGCAUAGUCCUUGCUGGAUACGACUAUUUUAGUGGUAACGAAGUAGCCUACAUCUAUUCUUGCCUCACGCUGGCCUUCAUUCCCAUAAUUUGUGCGGGCUUAGGAUAUGGUGUGAUUAAACUCCAAAACAGGAGGAGGCGAAUGCUCCGGUCCAAGAUUGGCGACAUCGACAACAAGAACUGUGACAAACUCUAUGUCAAAGAGUGGCUCCACCAAAACCACAAGCGAGUUGCUAAAGUGAAGAUUGGUCCUGACGAGGCUAUUUACACUGUAAAUCGGAAGGGGGAAACGCUAAGAAAAGUAGACUUCAAAGAGGUCAACUCAUUGGUUCUAGAAGUUACUCAAGACACUCAUAAGAAGCCAAUGGUAUUGAUACGGUCUCCGAGAGACCACGAUCUGGUAAUACAGUUUGAGAAUCAACAGAUCAGAAAGAAAUUCCUGAACAAAGUGGAAAACUUUUUGUUGAGUCGAAAGAAAACGCUCGAGGUUAUUCAGACAUACAGAGAUGCCAUGUUGUCUAACGCAGAAACAAAGGAAAAACGUCAAAAACGCUUAGAACAUUUCUUCCGGGAAGCUUACGCUCUGACGUUUGGAUUAAAACCAGGUGAAAAACGGAAGUUUGAGGACGUCAGCAAUGACAUUAUCAUGGUUAUGCGGACAUCGCUGUCAAAGAAAGAGUUUGCCGAAGCUCUAGGAAUGAAACCGGAUUCGCUGUUUGUUAAACAGAUGUUUAACUGUGUCGAUAAAGACAAAGACGGCAGAAUCAGUUUUCAGGAGUUUCUGGAUACCGUUGUUUUGUUCUCUAGAGGUAAAACGGAAGACAAACUUCGAAUUUUCUUCGAUAUGUGUGACAAUGAUGGGAAUGGAGUCAUUGACAAACGAGAGUUGACCAAAAUGCUGCGUUCUUUGGUAGACAUUGCGAAAACUAACUCCAUGACAGAAUAUCAAGUGAUGGACCUGAUUAGUGGGAUGUUUGCAUCUGCAGGAUUGGAAGAUACCGAAGAGCUAAGCUACGAUGAUUUUAAGGUUAUGAUGAAAGAAUACAAAGGCGACUUUAUCGCUAUUGGGCUGGACUGUAAAGGUGCCAAACAAAACUUCUUGGAUACCUCCACUAACGUAGCCAGAAUGACCAGCUUUCAAAUCAACCAACUACCAGAAGAAUCACCUAACUGGGCCCAACAGAAGUGGAAUCAUUUGAUCACAGUCCUGGAAGAGAACAGACAACACAUUUUCUAUCUCUUUGUCUUUUUUGUCAUCAACGUGGUUUUGUUCAUGGAAAGGUUUAUCUUCUACUCCUACAUGACAGAACAUAUGGACCUGAGGCAUGUCAUGGGGAUGGGUAUUGCUUUCACUCGAGCCGCUGCGGCCUCUUUGUCCUUCUGUUACUCUCUGCUACUGCUGACCAUGUGUCGGAACCUGAUCACCAAGCUGAGAGAACUUCCUGUCCACCAGUACAUCCCGCUAGAUUCCCAUGUUCAGUUCCACAAGAUUGUCGCCAUAACAGCGCUCUUCUUCACAUUGGUUCAUACCAUUGGUCACUGUAUCAACUUCUAUCACGUAUCAACUCAACCAGUGGAACAUCUACGUUGUCUUACCAAAGAAAUGCAGUUUGACUCUGACUUCAAACCAACGAUAGCGUUCUGGCUUUUCCAAACCAUAACUGGUAUCACUGGCGUUAUCCUGUUCGCUAUUGUUUGUAUUAUCUUCAUCUUUGCUCACCCGACAAUACGACAAAAAGCAUACAAAUAUUUUUGGGGAACCCACAGCUUGUACAUUCUCUUGUACAUCUUAUGCAUUAUCCAUGGAUUAGCAAGACUCACUGGGAGCCCUCGUUUCUGGAUGUUUUUCAUUGGCCCAGCUGUCGUUUAUAUCUUGGACAAAAUUGUCAGUCUUCAGACCAAGUUCAUGGAAUUAGACAUAAUUGAAACUGAUUUACUUCCUUCAGACGUAACCAAAGUGAAGUUUUCCAGGCCGCCUAACUUUAAAUACCUGUCCGGCCAGUGGGUCCGCCUCGGAUGCACGGGAUUCAGGCCUAACGAAUUCCACUCGCUGACACUGACUUCUGCCCCUCAUCAAAACUGUUUGUCAGUACACGUAAAGGCUCAAGGUCCCUGGACAUGGAAACUAAGAAACUACUUUGACCCAAGUAACCUACAUGAUGCUGCACUUCCCAAGAUUCGACUUGAGGGACCAUUUGGUGGAGGCAAUCAAGAUUGGUACAAGUUCGAAAUAGCAAUUAUGGUGGGAGGAGGAAUUGGUGUCACGCCUUAUGCCUCUAUCUUGAACGAUCUUGUCUUUGGUACGUCCACCAAUAGAUAUUCCGGAGUAGCGUGCAAAAAGGUCUAUUUCUUGUGGAUCUGUCCGUCCCACCGUCACUUUGAGUGGUUUAUCGAUGUCCUGAGGGAUGUUGAGAGGAAAGACGUAACUAACGUUUUGGAGAUUCACAUCUUCAUUACCCAGUUCUUCCAUAAAUUCGACUUGAGAACAACUAUGUUGUAUAUCUGUGAGAACCACUUCCAACGGAUUUCCAACAGCAGUAUGUUCACUGGCUUGAAGGCUAUUAACCAUUUCGGCCGACCUGAUAUGACCGCUUUCCUUAAGUUUGUACAGAAACAGCAUUCUUACGUGAGCAAAAUUGGUGUGUUUAGCUGUGGGCCCACAGCACUAACGAAAACAAUCAACAAUUCCAUAGAAACAGUCAACAAAUCUCGCAAAUUGCCGUAUUUCUUGCACCACUUCGAGAACUUCUAGAUGCCUCAAGUUUUUCAGGGAAUAGUGUACUAUUUGGUGAUCACUAAUUAUAGUAGGUCCUUCAUAAAAGUUGAACACUGUAUUCAAGAAUCGGGAAUUGUGGGAGAUAGGGGAGGGGGUUUAAAAGCUUUUGUAUCUUUGCCUGUUAUUGACCAAUCAAAAUACUAUAAACAACAAACUUGGUGUAUAAAUAAAAGGUGAGUAUAAUAAAAGCAGGUAGAACAAACAAACGAAACAAUUAACUUUGAUAUGUUGCCAAGUGAUAGGGAAAUUAUGCCAACCUCUGUACAUAUUCUCUAAAUGUUUUAUUAGGCUUACAAAGUAAUCGCGAGGUCUAGUUAAAUUUAAGGUCGCCAAUAAAAGUUGGCGACAGGCUUAAAAUAAAAUUCAUUAAAGUUUGAAAUUUCAGUAUAUGACAAUGAAAACGAGACACGGUUGUCUAAUCUCUUGCUACGACAAACUAACUUGAAUAUUUAGAAUUUAUUAGCUCUAGUAUACAGUUGACAAAUAUAUCACCACAACCGUGUCCCUUAUUUAACUGAUGUCCGUCUAUUUUUCCAUAGUAUACUUUUUAUUUUAUACAAGUUAUUUCCACGAGUGAAAUAUUGUUCAAACUCGUGUUUUCUUUUUUUUUUUAAAAUGAUAAACAUUGUAUUUUGGAUAUAAGUUUAGAAAAAGAGAAUUUGGGUUGUAUCUUUUAAUGUGAUAUGGUUCGCAAACCAAAUUUAUUUAAAUGAUUAUGCAAAGAAAUGUCGAGUGCCUGUAAAAUAUACUAUAUGUAUGUUAAACUUUGACGUCCAUAAAGCAAUAUUUGCAAUU